UAUUAAGGAGGUAUUCUGGUUUGAAAGGUCGUAAAAAAAGAUACUUUUCAGGAAUUUUUUAUAGGAAAACGAAAAAAGCGAAUAAUGUUAAACUUUGCAGGUUCUUUUAGCCUUAUUUUAAGAAUGGUAUAUAUUUAUUUUUUAAGUAACAAAAAUGCUCUUCUUUUUUGUUUGCUUAUCCUGACCACUAUCAGCUCGCAAAAAAGAUGGCACGGUGUAAAUGAUUCUAGCUAUUUCAGGUAUUUAAAAUGCAAAAACCAAAAUUUUUUUAUUCAGAAAAAGUGUGGCUACCGUCUAAACUAGAAUAAACAUUAUACGUUUAUUAGAUUUUUUGUAAUAAAAUAUUAACAAAAUUUUUUUUUUAAGAAAAACUAAAAUAUUUUUAAUAAAAAAACCGCCAUUUUGUCUAGAAUAAAAAUAUUGGUUCAGUUCUAGUUUAAAAUAGCCAUAUUUUUCCUAAAUAAGAAAAUUUUUUACGACUUUCCAAAAUAUGCCCUUAACGGAAUUUAUUAAUUAAAUUAAUUAAUAGUAAUUUUUUAAUUCUUUGUACUCCACUGCCGUCGCUACAGCAAUAUGCAUAAUUUAAAUAAAUAAAUUCAUAAACGUUUGUAAUCUUUUCCUUUUAAAACAAAACUUUCGGUUUUUAAAAGUUUUGUACAAGUUUGUUAGAAUUGCUGAUUUGAUCGGAUCAAAAAAUGCUCGAAGUGCAAAGAGUUAAUAUUAAUUGUAAUAUUAAUUUAACUAAUUUUCUUAUAUUAUUGAUAGCAAAGAUGGUUGCGAGAAUGGUCAAAGUUAGAUGAAACGUUCUGUACUUCUCGCGUUUCGCUGCAAAUUCGCGGAAGGAAUUUUCCAUCAAAUUUGUCCUAACGUUAUUACAAUUGGAAUAGCGGUUUUAUCAGUCAAGGUUUUAUGCUUAAGUAGCAGGACGCCUAUCGAUCACCGGCCGCACGUAGUUUAUUUCUGGCUUGCGAGUUUGGCUCAUUCGAAACGUGAGGUCCAACAGCGCGCCAGAUAUUGUUGCGAAUUCGUAGGUAGCGGAACAAGAAUUGCGCGGUUGUCGACAACCGGUUUACGCGAGUAAUAUUCUACGCAGAUUUUAUUUGGCAGACGAUAGUACAAAUAAAAGUGAUUAAAGUGCUUUCGACACCGCGAUUAAUAAAAACUCACGGUAAAUAUAGAACGAUAAAGAAAUUAUGCCAUGGACUGUUUAAUAUUUAUGGUAGAAUUAUUUGAAUAAAAUAAGAAAUUUAUUAUUACAUCGGAAAUUAUUCUUGGUGGUGUUACCUUAUUUCGAUGUUGCAAUUUAACGUAGUUGUGCAAAACCGUCAACGUGUAAUUUCAUCCGUAACCAACAGUGGAAGCUAGAUUUACCGAACGAUGAAGAACUCAAACGGCAUGAAGAACCCCACAGAUACCGUAGAUCCGAACGAAAACACCACACCGAGGCCGAAGUUGGAGACCUUCGACGAUGUCUUGCCGUACGUCGGUGAUUUUGGCAGAUAUCAGUGGCUGCUUCUAUUGGCCUUGCUUCCCUACAGCGUGGCUUACGCCACUUUAUACUUCUCGCAGUUCUUCCUCACCCUGGUGCCGCAGGAGCAUUGGUGCAAGAUAGAGGAACUGAUCCCUUUAAACCUUACGCGGGAAGAAAGAGUGAAGAUCGGCGUACCAAAGUCGCAGAAUUAUCCGUACUAUGACCAAUGCCAUAGGAGGGAUUUGGAUUUUUCCGUUAUUCUAAGUCACGGGAAGGACAUUCGUUCGGUCGAAUUGAAGGCAAACAAAUCCGUGGACUGCAGCCACUGGGAAUACAAUUUCACGCAGAUCCCGUACGCCAGUAUAGCAGCUGAGCUAGAUUGGGUAUGUGACCAGGAAUACCUCAUAUCGACGGCACAGUCGAUCUUCUUCUGCGGCUCCAUUGUAGGCGGUUUGCUCUUCGGAUGGAUCGCCGACCACAGAGGCCGGAUUCCCGCCUUGAUCCUCUGCAACGGCAUCGGGUUCCUGGCCUCGGCCGCAACUGCGAGUGCGAAUACCUUCUUGUCUUUUGCCGUCUGCAGAUUUUUUACCGGUCUGGCUUUCGACAACUGCAUCAACAUUCCGUUGAUUAUCGUGCUCGAGUACAUGGCUGUGAACAGGCGAACUCUCGUCGUUAACGUUGCCUUCGGCAUAUACUUUGCCGUUGGAAGCACAGUUCUACCAUGGAUCGCGUACUACGUCGCAAACUGGAAAUUCUUCGCCUAUGUCAGCGCGAUCCCGAUGGUGAGCGCUUUUAUCACACCAUGGAUUCUUCCCGAAAGCGCUCGAAAUCAAGCGGUCCGCGACCGUGCCGCAAUCCCUUAUCUCAUGCGUUUUUAUUAUUCAGUCGCAGCGAAACUGACGAUGUCGGUGCUCUCGCGAUUUUGCUUGAAUAUGGCAGCCAAUGUGGGCCUCCAGUACGCCGCCGAGUUGUUGCCGACCCCCAUUAGGACGCAGGGCGUCGCAUUGAUCCACAUUUUUGGCAUUGUGGCCCAUUCCGUCGCGCCGUACGUGGUGGAUAGCGCCAAGGUUUGGGACGGGCUGCCGAUGAUGAUCAUCAGCGUCGUGUCAUUUGCAGCCGCUACCCUGGUAUUGUUCCUACCGGAGACGCUCGGUCGCGACCUCCCGCAGACCCUACGUCAAGGAGAGGACUUCGGCAAGGAACAAAGCUUCUGGACGAUGCCCUGCUGCGGAAGACCGUGUCCGAAUCGACAUCGACAUUAUCGUCCACGCGAGCUCUAGUCCGUUCAACUCCGUUAUAUAAUAAUCUUCGGCGCGAUCGUCGAAGAAAUGUAAUUAGAAAAAAAGAUACUUGCGUCUCGCGCGGCACGUGAUAAUAUGAUAAAGUAAUUAAGCUUCUUUUUGUACGAAUUAA